AUGUUUUUCUUUUUCUUUCUUCCUCUUGGACUCCAGGAUUUCUGGCACAAUAAGAGUAAAUACGCAAAACUUCAACUGACUUGUCCAAGAUGUUUUAAUAAAUCAGUUCGUGUUUGUCGACAUUGGAAAACGCUUUCCAUUAUCAUUUUACCGAUUCUCCCUGUCUAUACUUCGAAAGCUUUACGAUGCUCUGUUUGCAAAUGGUGGGAGCCUACCAACAAACACUUAAUUGAACAGAAAAUUAGGGACGAACCUCGUCUGCAAAGUGCAAGGCUACAAGCACAUCCUGGAAUGCAGUAUCCCCAUCCUGCAACAACGAUACAGCAACCUUGCUACGAACCUAGUGGCUCGAAUCCAUCACAAGACCAGUCGCACUCAAAACCCCAGAGGCAUUCUGAGGAGCCGCUUCCUCCCUAUUCAUAA